AUGGAGACUGUUGCAGUGUGGCAAGGAUUGGCUUUAUCUGGAAUUUUUUCAUGGAUUGUAAUAACUUCAUAUUUCAAUGUAACCAAAAAGAUUAGAUCUUUGCUACAACCUUGGGUGGCUCACCAUGUUGUAACGGGCACUUCAAUCAUCCUCAAGAUCCAGAAAUAUCAGCAUAAAUUCUGGGAUGCUCUCUUCUCUGGGUUGUCCUGUGUAGUUUCUGUGCCCUUUUACACUGCCUUCCUUCCCUUGCUUUUCUGGAGCGGGCAUGGAAAAUUGGCUAGGCAGAUGACCCUGUUGAUGGCUUUCUGUGAUUAUUUAGGGAACUGCAUAAAGGAUGUGGUGUCAGCUCCUAGACCCAGUUGCCCUCCCGUUAGAAGGAUAACAGCCACAAAAGAUGAAGAAGAGAAUGCCUUGGAAUAUGGAUUGCCUUCUUCUCAUACUCUCAACACAGUAUGCUUAUCAGGAUACCUUCUAUACUAUGUUCUAUCCUACACACAGAGUGAAGGUGCUUGCGUGAAACUUCCUGCAAUCACCCUUGGUUGCUUGCUUGUGGCCCUUAUUGGUUUUGGAAGGAUCUACCUUGGUAUGCACAGCUUGAUUGAUAUCGUUGGUGGUCUUGCUAUUGGAUUGGUGAUUCUUGCAAUGUGGCUAACAGUUCAUGAAUAUGCAGAUGGCUUUAUUGUCUCUGGACAAAAUGUUACAUCCUUUUGGGCUGCCCUGAGCUUCCUCUUACUUUUUGCUUAUCCCACUCCUGAGCUUCCAACUCCAAGUUUUGAGUAUCAUGCUGCCUUCAAUGGUGUUGCAUUUGGAAUUGUUGCUGGGAUUCAGCAGACGUACCACCAGUUCCACCAUGAAGCAGUUCCACGAAUAUUUACCUCGCAACUGACAAUCCUUGCUUUUUUGGGUAGAAUGCUUGUUGGGAUACCAACAAUCCUGAUUGUCAAGUUCUGUAGCAAGGCGCUUGCAAAAUGGAUUCUUCCCGUAGUAUCAAAUACGUUGGGUAUCCCAAUAAAAUCAACCAGCUAUAUCCCCAUGCUUAAAGGUUCAGCUACUGAGAAGAAAUCCAGUGAGAUUAAGCAAUCAGGUUAUAUCCAUAAGAUGUUAUUUUUCUCUCGCCAAGAUUUAUUUGACGUCGACACAGGCAUUAGAUUCAUUCAAUAUGCAGGCCUUGCAUGGUCCGUGGUCGACCUCGUCCCAACUCUCUUCUCUUACCUGAGAUUGUGAUGCUUGUCCUUGGUAGUACAUGAUUAGCAUGUUUUAAUGCUGCAGGCAGCUAAUCUGUGAAUCGUAUUUUUGUUUAGUACUGAACUCUCCAUUUUUUAAUGUGUUAAUGAAAUGGUCCCAAAGGGCACGUCCAAGCGGUUAGAGCUUAAAACUUCAUCUUGGAGAUCUGGAAUUCUCAUAUAGGGCUGGAGAGGACUACCUCCCAUUGUGUAGUUCAAUAUUCCAUGUAAGAUUAAAAAUGAAAAAUCAUCUGUAAUUAUAAGGUCCAAUUUAAAGUUAAA